CAAAAAAGAAUCCAGUUCCAUUACAUUCCUUGCCCUUCCUCUCCAAACGAUAGAAUCCAGGUUCACCCGUGGGACAAACCACCUCUUUCCUCGUAGCCGCGCGAAUCCGCCUUUCCCUUCCCCCACGCGGCACGCCACAGCGCUCGCCCUGUUCUCCAAAAGUCCCAAUCUUUCCUUCCGCUCCCACCUCCCGAACCCGAACCCUAGACCUCGAGAUGGACCGGGAGGCCGCGGCGGACCUGCAGGAGUGGGAGCUCCUCCUCGCCUCCCCCACCGCGCCGGCGCCGUAUGCCGGAGGCGGGGAGGACGACGCGGGCGCCAUCAAGUACGACUACUUCGAGCUCGGCUCCGACGCCAAGUACGCCAGGAGGGCGUCCAUGUCGAUGGCGGCGGCCGAGGAGGAGGAGGAGGGGACGGACGAGGAGGCCGGCAGCGCCGGCUGGGUGGAGCCGCACCCGGACGCGCUCGCCUUCCCCGCCCGCGACCGCGCCGCGCUCUGGUCCGAUUCGUCGUCCGACGGCGAGAGGCGCGACGAGGCCGAGCCGUUAGCGGAGCCGCCCCAGGACGUGACGGCGGUCCCGGCGGCGGACGAGGGGACUGUGGCGAAAGGAGGGGCGGCGCCGGCGCCGUGGUGGAAGCUGCCGAUGGAGGUGCUGCGGCUGUGGGCGGCGCGCGCGGCCAGGAGCGCGUGGUCGGUGCCCGUCGCCGUCGCGCUGCUCGGCUUCGCCGUGCUGGGCCGCCGGCUCUACCGGAUGCGGCGGCAGAGCAAGGCCGUCGCGCGCGUCCGGCUCGUCCUUGACGAUAAGAAGGCAUCUCAAUUCAAGGCUCAACGGAUGUUACGGCGAGCUCCAAUGAUAAAGCCUUUGCUUCCUGCCAAUGGAGUGACCCCAUGGCCUGUGCUGGGGCACCUGUGAGUUGUGAGAUCCGCGGCCGUAGGGCUAGUAAUACAAUUGUGUGGAGUCACUUGGCUUGUGAGCAUACUAUAAGCUCCCUACAGAUUUAUCCCCUACUAGAAGUGCACAUGUGUGGAAGACAGAAGAUGCUUAAGUGAGUCCCCUUCAUCUGGGAUGUCAUUUAGAUCUUUUUUACUUGAUGUUUGUGUUGUACCUGUGUUAUAUUUUCCUUCUGUGACCUUAUUUUAUCUGAUGUGCCUGAACAGUGUGGCUGUGUAUAUAUAUAUGACACUUAAGUAUACAGAGAUGGUUACAGAAUGGUAAUUUGAAAA